AGAUUUCCUCUAGGGGGCGACGAUGAGGUGAUGAGUUCUACUCUGCAGCAGUUUGCCAAAGUCAUUGAUGAGCUGAGCUCCUGUCAUGCAGUCUUGUCAACUCAGCUUGCUGAUGCCAUGAUGUUUCCCAUCACUCAGUUUAAGGAGCGAGACCUUAAAGAUCACGACACCGCCAUCAACAGGUACAGCCGUCUGUCCAAGAGGAGAGACAACGACAAGGUGCGGGCGGAGGUGGUGGAGGACGUCUACACGUCGCGGAAGAAGCAGCACCAGACCAUGAUGCACUACUUCUGCUCCCUGAACACGCUGCAGUACAAGAAGAAGACGGCUCUGCUGGAGCCGCUUCUCGGCUACAUGCAAGCUCAGAUCAGUUUUUUCAAGCUGGGCUCCGAAAACCUCACCCAGUCGUGGGAAGACUUUCUGGGAACCAUAGGAACCAGUGUCCAAAACGUCCGGCGGGAAAUGGAGGAGGAGGUGGGGCAGAUGCAGCAGACCAUUCAGCAGAUGGAGAGAUCAUGUGAUCCCCUGUAUGCACCGUGUGACCCAGACCCCGCCCACUCACCUGUCUGCCGAAACCUGACCAGGAAGCAGGGCUACCUGUACAUUCGCAAUAAAACGGGCCUGGUUUCGUCCUCCUGGGAGCGUCAGUACUUCUUCACGCAGGGCGGUAACCUCAUGCAGCAGGGCCGGACCGAGGUGGCGGGAGGUCUGGUCACCGACCUCGACAACUGCUCCGUCAUGGCCGUUGACAGCGACGACCGCCGCUUCUGCUUUCAAGUCACAUCCUUUGACGGCAAAAAAGUCGUGACGCUGCAGGCGGAGAACAGGAGGGACUGCGAGGAGUGGAUCGCCACCAUCAACAACAUCUCCAAGAGGAUCUACCUUAGCGAAAACGCAGAGGAAGUGGCGGCCAGAGUGAACCAAACAGCUCUGGAGGCGGUGACGCCGUCCCCGUCUUUCCAGCAGAGACACGAGAGCAUGCGGCCCAGCAGCAAAGGGCGCUCCGGUCGGGCGAGCAGCAUCAGCUCUGUGGGCUCCGAGCCCUCGCCUGCUCUCUCCGCCCUCUCCUUUGAUGCUCUGGUUGCCCCGGAAACGCCCAUCCAGUUCGACAUCAUUUCACCUGUCAGCGAGGAGAACUCGGGACAGAACAAAGCAGCAGCGCAGGGGGGCAGGCGGAGCAAUCCCUUUGGAGAGUCUGGAGAGAAUGCCUCGCCGGAUUCUGAAGACUCCAUCCUUCAUCAGCUCUUCAUCGUCCGCUUCCUCGGGUCAAUGGAGGUGAGGGCAGCAGAGUCCGCAGACGUCAUCUCUGAGACCAUGAGGCAGAUCCUGGCCGCCAGAGCCAUCCACAACAUCUUCAGGAUGACUGAAUCCCACCUGCUGGUCACCUGUGACUGUCUUAAGCUCAUCGAUCCUCAGACUCAGGUCACUCGCCUCAGGUUCCCUCUGUCCAGCGUGGCCCAGUCUUCCUCCCAUCAGGACAACAAGCGGCUGUUCGGCUUUGUCCUGCAGACGGCGGGCGGGCGAGAGGACAGCCGGGCUGUCUGCUACAUCUUUGAGUCCAACAAUGACGGCGAGAAGAUCUGCGACAGCAUCGGUCUGGCUAAGCAGAUCGCCUUCCACUCGGAGAUUGACCGCAGAGCGCUGGAGAAGAGAAAGGACAAGGCCAAGGAGAAGCAGGCGGAGGAGCUGAGCAAGCAGAAGCAGAUCGAGAAGGACUUGGAGGAACAGAGCCGCCUGAUCGCCGCGUCCAGUCGUCCCGCCAACCCGCCCGGCCCUGACGGACAGUUCCUCGUGCUUAGCAGCAGCCAAUCGGAGGACAGCGAUGUGGGGGAGAAGGGGGAAAAGCGGGGUGAGUCGGAGGCCUAAAAGACUCCCAGGAUGCAUGUUUUUGAAACUGCAGCUCAGGAAUCCGACCGAACGGCCUCCUUCUCGCCCCUCCGGCUGCCUGGGUCUGAAAAACAGCUGGAACCUGAAGAUGCAGGAAUCAAGUGAUGCACCCUCACUGUGGGGGCAACAGGGUGUGUUUUACUGCGGGGGACCCUGCUUUUAUAGGGCUCUAAUAUGGGGGGGGGGGCUUUAACUGCAAAGGAACCUGAGAGGUUCUGACUUUGUUUCUAAAAGAUAAAAUGAAGAAAAUGAGCGCCGUGUGAACGGCAUUGACCCCUGAGAACACUUUGACAGGAUGUGACACGAUGUCUGACCGCCACCAGGGGGGCUGCUGGGAAAGAAGAAAGGUCUGACCUGAAACCACCUUCCUCAUCCUCAUCCUCAUCCUUAGGGUGCAGGUGUGUUGCAAAGUCCCCUUUUCAUGCUUAAAAAAGCCUAGAAGCUUCAGCAAUUUCACCAUAAAACGAAGAUCUGAACACCAACCUAACACGCCUCCAGGUGGGAAAUCCAACAAGUUUGCCCGUUUUAUUCCUCCAUUGAAUUGUCAAAGUGACUCGGAUGUUAAAUUCAGGCAAACUUUAAAGGAGAAAAUGAUUCGGAGAUGUGGUCCAGAUAGCGACUGACCAGGAGGUUUACAGAGGUCAUCCGAGCGGGUCAGGGUCAGGGUCAGCAGCCUUCAGCGACCUGCUGACUCAGCAAAGCGCUGCUCUCAAACACCGGGCAGCACGCUGCGCCAAGGGUCCCCACAGACGCAGCUCGGUCAAAAUCAGUCAUUUAAAAAGAAAAAUGUGACGAAAAUGUUAACCUCUACGAUGGUGAUGAACAACUCAAAUGAUGGAAAGCAGACUUCAGAUGAUCAAAAGCAUAACUUUUUAAUCAUGUAUUUGUAAUUCUCUAAUAACACACCAGGGAAGUUGUUUUUGAAAAGCAGCGGGAUGUUUAAAAACUGAAGGAAAAACAGUUUUUCUGCUUAUUUAUGACUAAAUGCCGUGUUUGGGAAGUCUUCAGUUCAGAGGGAAAGGUGCAGAUGUUCAGUUUCCUCCUCCAGAAAUCCUGAUUUGACCUCCUAAAGAGCACAAGAAAGUGUUUAGGAAUCAGCACAAACCCUUCUCCGUGUGUGAAGUCAGUGAGGCGUUCAAAGACCGUCGUCCUCCUGGUGUCUGGAGGCAGAUGAGCCGCAGCUUCACCAUUUUUUUUAGCUUCUUUGCCAAAAUCCUUUUUUUGGUUUUAUGGCCUUUCUGGUUUUCAGGAGUUUUUCUUUCCUUUGACAUUGAUCAGAAUUUAGGAAAGCUUCUUUUUUUUUCCUGGGGAGGGAUGAGGCAUUGGAAAGGCUUUGGCUGAUGGACACAGGGUUCUGAGGGGGCAGAGCAGCACUUUAAAGCCCCCCAGGACUGACGAGGAGCUGUAAAUAUGACUGUUCUGAUGAAGAAAACACUUUUCUGUGAUUGAAUAAAGCACUAACUCAACA